UAGCAAAGCAACGUUUGUGUCUGACGAGUUGGUCUACCUUUUUGGUACGUAGAUGCAUUUUCUUCUUCAUCUAGUUCACUUUUACUGCCUGUAUACAGUUAUGAACCACACAAAUAUGUUACCAAAAUAUAUCUUAUUAUUACUGACUGCCAGUGCCUACGCUACGUAAUGUGAACUAGCUCUAGUUUUCCUAACAACACCUUUUGACUGUUAGGGAAGGUUAUCUUGUCCAAAUGUUCAAACAAGCUGAGAGCUUUUGCAUCUUGUGCAUGCUAGGGUUGUGCCUUCUUCUCUUAAGCAAGGAACAGAACAAUACUAAUCUUGCCUUGCAAGGCAAAGAUGAAUUACAAGUAGUUACAAAAUCCAGAUAUUAAUUGGUUAAACAAUGUCAGAUUAUAUGGAACUAUGGAAGAGGCAACAUUUUGUUUCUCCUUGAGCAAAGAUGUUAACCAAACAACUGUUGAUGGGUUAUAGACCUGAAGAAACUUGGCAUAGUUUAGCCCUGAAGGCAAAGCAAGUUGGAGCCUUAUGGGGGCGGGGCAGUAGAUAUAGUACUAAAGAGAGCUUGUUUCAUGCAGACUAAAGGAAUGACAAAAUGUUCUAAAUGGGAAGUCAGAAAGCAGAGGACAUCAAGAAUCUUCUUUUGAAGAUAAUAAUUCCCUUAGCUUUUCCCCUGGCUGGUUCUUUUAUCUGUACCCUCAUAGCAGAUAGAGCAAAUAGGCACAGUAGUAACCUAGACUCAUCUGAUAGCCCAAUCCAAUUGGAUCAAUCAUCAUCAUACGGUUCGAAUUCGGCUCACGAAGAAGAGGAAGGAGGAGAAGAAAUGGAGUCCCCUAAUCGCGCAUCGCGGAAGAUGGUGCAAGCAGAGAUCCCCUGCAGCACCGGCAGGCUCCUCAGCGGUGGACGUGCAAGGCAGGCUUCUCUUACUGGAGACAUCAUGGUGGCACAGGCCACCGAGAGUUCAUCAGAAGCUGCAGCCAGCAAUCACAAGUCCCAGGAUGAUCCGGGGACGGCGGCCGAAGAUGUCGAGAGCCUGAAGCACGCCGUGUCCACCCUGGAGGAGCGAGCCACGGGCAUCGAGUCGCGGUUCCAUGACUACUGCGACAUGAAGGAGCAGGAGUCGACGUACCAGAAAAUGCAGAUCAUGUGCCUGGGGAUGAAGCUGGAGCUGCUGGAGUCCCAGAACCAGCGGCUCGAGGCGGCCGCCGCGGAGAUCCACGCGGCAGCCGAAGAGUUCGCCGCGAUGCGGGCGAAGCUAGACGCACUGCAGAACAAAUUCAGCAAGCUGACAAGGAGAAGCAGGCAAGAAUUUGAGGCCAUUGGUGGAAAGAUGAUGGCUCUGGAUGCCCAGGAUGCAGAGAUGGCCCUGAGGUGCCAGGGCUUUGAGCAACUCAUGGAGGAGAUGAAGCAGCUGGUUUUGCAGCUGCAGAAGGAGAAAGGAACAAACAACGAGAACGUGGAGGUCAUGGUGGAGAGGAGCAUGCAGAAGCUGUCGAGCAGCAAGGACCUGAUGGGCGGGCUGGAGGAGCUCCGGGACCGGUGGGCGGCGGACAUGGAGGAGCUGAUCUACCUCGGCUGGAUCACGGCGUGGCUGCAGCACGACCUCCUCGUCGGCGACGACGGCGAGGGCAGUACGGUGGUGAUCGGGGACGACGACGAAGCCGGCCCGACUGGGGAGACGAAGCAGAAGAAGGGGGAGAAGAUGGUGGCGGCGGCGGGGCCGAGCAACGAGGUGGAGCUCUGCAAGGCGCCGUCCGAUGCGUCGUCACGCGGCGCCGCCGGGGAGGAAGAGUCGUGCAUGGGCCUGGCGGGCUGCAGGACCGGGAUCGGUCGGCCCAGAUUGCUCCACAAGCUCAGAGGGUGGGCCAGAAGCGGGAAGGGCGCGAGCAAGAGCAGAGCAGGAGGCCGUGCAGGAUCGAAAGGGCUUCCAAGCAGUGAGAUGUAACGUGUCAUUCAUGAUUCAUUGCAGAUUUGCUUGAUUUACGUGAGAAUACCUGAUGUAUAUAUAUUUGAGUCAAAUUCAGUUGAGAGAAAAUAAAUAUGAUUAACGUGUAAUCGAUCAUGAUUCUGUU